CAAGUUGUGGAUCAGGUGUGAAUCUUUAGACGCGGAAUGACUAGUAUGACUUAUAGCUGCUCAGAGAACAAUUCCGUUUUGUAUUGUAUGUGAAACUGGCUCGCCAGCACGAGACUCAUCCUUUUUGAUGUAAGAACGUUUUUCUGGGUUCAGCGUUCUUCUGGAAAAACUGGACACUCGACUUGGAGCUGGAGCUUCCGUGUUGUACACCUGUGACAGGUAGGCCCGGCCCAUCCGCAGAACUGGAUGCACCUGCAGCGCCGCGCAGCAAAACAGAGGAGCGCUCCGGCUAAAGGAGCCGAAGAAAGUGUCCUGUUUUCUACUGCAAAGGAAUCCAAACUGCCAUUUACAGUCCAUCCUAGCAGUCAUGAGUGCGGAAUAUGGACUUUGUGACUUGGCCGUGGUGUCGUUAAGGGACACGGAGCAGGAGAGUGACUCUGGUAUGCGGGGGUCUUCGGUGAACAACAGCAAGUUUCAGGCUGACUUUUCUGAAGACCCCCGUAUAAGUGCGAGUGCGUUUCGUUACUCGAACGGCACUGUGAAGGCGGGCUCUUCGACGGAUUCAGCCGUUUCGAGUGAAGUGAAACUGUGCUCCGUUCAUGAGUCGGAGCUGGACCGGUACUGUAGCACGGAGGGGAGACUCGUUUGCUCGAUAUGUGUCACUCAAGGCUCUUGUGAGGGUCACACAGUGACACAGCUGGCUGAACGAGCCACGGCGGUGAGGAACCAGUUGGUGGACAUCUGUGAGAAAAUGCAGCUGCAAGCCCUACGGAUUGAACGCUUCAUACAGCACACACUGAGUGAAAAAGAGAGAACUGUGCAGGCAGAGGCAAGCAUUGCACGGGAGCAGGUGGUGGCUCAGGUGAACGCUGUGCGUGAAGCUUUGGAGGAAGAGGAGCAGCAUCUGCUGGAGGCUGUGCACAGGGAAGAAGAGCGUGUAGAGCAGUGUCUUCUCACCCAGCGGGAACACUGGAGCAAGGCGCUGGGCACACUCUCAAAUGCCCGCACCAGCCUGGUGCACACACUCACACACUCCACUGAUGCCAUGCUUGUGAUAUCCAACCAGGAAAUUUCAGACAGAAUCGAGGAGGCUGAGGGUGUGGGGAACCCCAAAGAUACAGAGAAACUGAAUCUGAACAAGGAUUGCAGGAACAGUAAACUCAUGUUGGGGCUGUGGGCUAGUGCUCUCCUGCUGGGAUCAUCUGCUCGUGGUCCAGCUCACCUGCACUUUGAUGAACGUAGCGUCAGCCCUCUCCUCUCCCUCUCGUCUGACUGCUGUACACUCACCUUCCUUCCCAAACGCCAGCGCCAGGCACCCCCCAACAACUCAGAGCGCUUUGACAGCUGGCCCAAUGCCGUCUGCUCCCACUCCAUCUCUUCAGGAACACACAGCUGGGUAUUGGAGGUGGGUACCAGCGGUGCUUUUAAAGUGGGAGUCUGCUACACCAGCAUGCAGCGUAAAGGCCCAGGCAAUGACACCCGGCUGGGCUACAACACCAAGUCCUGGGUGUUUUCACACUACGACGGAGACUUCUCCUUCUGCCACAAUGGGAAGAACAUGACUAUAGCAGUGGUGAAGAGGCCCACCAAAGUGGGCUUGCUACUGGACUGGACCACACAGACUCUGCUGUUUUAUGAUCCAGACACUAUGUCCGUGCUGCACACUGUCAGCCAGGCUUUUACUGAGCCACUCCUGCCUGCUUGUGCCGUGGCUGAUCAAAGCAUCUCUAUAUUGCACUAAAUGCAUCAGGUAUUCUGAAUGAUUUAAUGUAGGAGAGCCGAAAUGCAGUGAAUAUGUAGCCUUUAUACAUAGGAAGUAUAGAAUGUAGAAAUAUAUUGUCACUGUUGUAACAGAUUGGUAAAGAGAAGGAAAAAAAAUUCUUAACUUUUACUGUAGGUUAACAUAAUAAGGUUAUAUUCCAAGUAAUUUUUGGAGCAGUUCUGUUGGUCUAUUCAGCAUGAGAGUUGACACAAUUUAAAGGGCAGAUGGUGGUGUCAAAGAGUGUGCAAAAAAGGUUACAAGUUUUUGGAAAUCCAAAGAAAUGUGUGUGUAAAGUUAUGAAUACUUCAUAUGAUGUCAAUGAUUAGAUAUAACGGAAACUUUCUUCUGUGUUCAUCUUGCAUUGUACACACUACUAAUACUUAAUAUGAUAUGUGAUUAUUACAACUUUUACAAUAUGCCAACAGAAUAUUUUUGGAUAUAUUUCUGUAAUGUGUACUGUUAAAAGUGAAUAGUUCAAGACAAUCAUAUAGCUUAUUUAUGAAGGAAAAAAGACACUAACCAAUGAUUUAAAAAUUCAGAUCUUCGAGAUGGAUCAGAUUGAAGUAAUUGAUUUGUGCCAGAUGUCUUUGCAUCCUGGUAUUAUUUAGCUUGUGUUUUAUUUGGAAUGAUUUCUAUGCAAUGUUGUUCAGAGUGUAAAAAAGUAAUGUGUGCCAUUUUAUAUUUAUUACUAAAAAUGUGUAAUGAUUGUAAUGUUCUGUGCCACUUUAACAUGCUUAUUUGAUUAUCAUUUUUUCUGUUUUGCAUUAUGUUUAAAAUGGAUAUUUAAUUAUAGGACAAGUAUAAGAUAUAAUUAUUAUUUGCAUUAAUUUUCUUGAAAUGUUUUCAUAGUAUCAUCAUUGCACAUAUUUAGAAGGAAGAUCAAAUAUAAGAUUUUUUCCACUAACAACUGCAGUAAGACAAAACUGCUUUAAGCUAUUCUCUAUAGUCAUUCCUACAUGAAAUAAGACAAGGAAUAAAUGUUAUAUAGUCGUG